GACAUUUCCGUAGCCCUAAAAGGAAUCGGCCCAACGUAUAAGUAACCCUAAUCUUUCCCGGAAACCUGCGCAGCUCAAGAAAUUCCUAAUAGAUCAAAGGUGUGUGGCCACCGCAAAAUUAUCAGUUUAUCCGUCGACCUCCUACCGUUGUAUAUGUCAUUUCUCCCCAUCCUUGCGCUUCUACCUGAAGUAGAAGAGUUAAUUUCCCAAAAGCUUCAGUAAUGGGUGUAUAAGAGCUCGAUUUGUUGAGCAACUGAUGGAAACAGCGCUUUUAGCAUUUCUCGUAUGAAGAAUAUAUAUAUGCAUCUCUCAUUUUGUGGGAAGAAGAAGUGAUUCAACAUUUCUGCCUGAAAUCGAGUUCGGAACUGCUCUAGGAAUCGAUGGGGCAAGGUGAUGAGAGUAAUGGUACAGAUCCGAAAGAUCACGCACAGUCUGUUAUUGAUGUAGCACCUCUCCGUUCUGUGCCCUACACUGGUCCUCUCCCAACAUAUGGUCCUGUGGAGGGAUGUAAAACACCCUCGACCUCAUCUGAAGAUGAUGAAUCUUCAGAGAAUGCCAGCACUCAACCCGCAAUGGUUUAUUUUACUGAUCUUUUGACUCCCGAAGAGAAGACCAGUCUUUUUGCUGCGGCCAGUGCUAAAGCAGGGAGUUUGAUUACUGGAACUGCUCUAAUGGGGAAAGUAGGACAUCCUAUAGGAGCUGUUGAUAUUCUAGAGUCUGAUACCAAGUAUCUGUUCCGUGUUUCACUCCCUGGUGUUUCAGCUGAUGCAGAAGACUUUCACUGUAACAUUGAGCCUAAUGGGAAGGUAGAUAUAAGGGGCAUAACAUUGACUGGAGUGCGAGCUGUUUACAAACAUAACAUGGUCUUUAAGAUGAACACAUCAAAUCUAUGCCCACCUGGAAAGUUCACCAUUUCAUUUCAGCUUCCUGGGCCAAUUGGAAAGCAACAUACAAUAUCAUUUGGGUCUGAUGGGAUUCUAGAAGCAACUGUAGACAAAAAAAGACAGCGUAGCAAUUCUUGAUCGGGACAGGCUUAUCUUUUGGAAUGAAAACCUUCUCCUUGGCCUCAAACAAAGAAAUAAAUGGUUGGCAAUAGCGAUAUGCGGAGAAAAGCAUUCCAGAUGCUUGUUUUCCUUCUGGUCUCCGCCUGUAGCUGUCUAAAUGUAUGAAUAUAUUCUGUUUUUAACCUGUUUGUAAUUUAUUUUGUGAAAAAUCAUUGUAACGUUAGAUCAAUAUUCAGUGAUGAUAUCCCCUUUUUUUUGUUGUAGAACGACGCAUUGUACUUGACGAUGAGAUCAUCAUGUGCAAAAAAAACUUAUGACGAUUCCGCAUGCUCUCUUGUAUUCACUUGUCCAUUCAUCAUCAUUUUACUUAGGGUCUAUUUUACUUAGGGUCUAUUAGCAAAAGCUUAAAAAACGCUUCUGGGUUUUUUGUUUGAAAUUCAGUUCAGUAGGUAUUCUUCCCGUAAUAGUUUGAAAUCGACGCCUGAAGAGUGAAGACGAGUUUUAACUCGAUAAGUUCUUUCCAACGAGUUAGAAAACUCUUUAAAUGGAGUGAUAUCGAAAAUGUUUGUUAAUUUCAGGUUAAUCUGUACCUUUUAUUUAAUGUAUUGUAAAUUGAGUCAGAACAAUACCUUUAGAACUCAAAAUGAUCUUUCCAAUGAG